UGCAUUUUCAGGGCGGGGGCUGUAGGUGUAUACAGGGAGAGGCUGGUAGAGGUACAGGUGAGACAGGUGGCUUUCACAGAUACAGUCUGUCUGGAUUCAACAGCAGCUUACACAUAUCUCUGCAUACAGACAACAACACCCCGCCAAGCACAAUGAGUGGACCUGAGUCAAUACCAGCUGGUGAUCCGGCUGUGAAGGUUUACAACACCCACCACCAGUUCAGCCAUACAGGAGCAGGGCUGGACAGCUCUGUUGGCGCGCAAGUGUUCACCAGUGGAGGAGGUCUGGACACCGCUGGAGGAGAUGGCAAAAGUAGGUUUGUGAGCUACGAUGGGUCACUGGGGCGUAAUCCCGGCAUGACGACCUGCACCUCCUGCCAGCAGCAGGUCAUGACCAACGUCACCUACAAAGCAGGGACGUACGCCUGGCUGAUGUGCUUACUCUUCAUCUGCUGCGGGUUAAUCCUGUGCUGCUGCCUGAUUCCUUUCUUCUUGAAAAACUUCAAGGAUGCGUACCACACGUGCCCCCGCUGCAACAGAGUGCUGCACGUUGACAAGAAACAAUGCUGUAAAUGAUGGACAUGAGGCAGACAUGGAGCCAUAGAUAUAAGAAAUAACAUCCUGUUACCUUUGUCUUAUCAGUUGCACCAUUUUGUGAAACUUACGGAGAAAGGUCGCAGUUCAAAUGUAGCUUAUUCUAUGGUCGAGCCAUUGCAUUGGCCGAGGCAAUAUCAAACAUCAUAUUAUUAGCAAGCAGGUGGAGUCAUUGUGUUAUCAGAGCUUAAAUACCAUGUGCUCACUUAUUUGUAAAGAUCUGGUAAGUUAUAUUAACCCAUUUGUGCCUAAAGACUAGGCUAAAUUUAGUAUGAUUAGGAAAAAUGCAACAUUUUUGUUCUUGUACGGACAUACUAUGGGCAAGAAUCAAACAUCCUAUCUUUGACAUUUUUGGAUAACAUGAAAAAUCACAUUUGUAUCAAUGGUCAAAGUCAGGAUUUUGGAAAAAUGAGGAAAAAUGCUGACAUUGUGUGUAUAUUAAAUGUCUUCCAUAUGAAAUAUCUUUACACUAUGUGUGUAUAUCUUUGAUAUUCAACUUGUUAUGAGUUCAUAGAUACCAAAUACUUGAUUGUGCUCAUUGUAGUUUCUGAGAUACAGCCAUUUUCUUAUCGCACUAUAUUUAGUCUUUGAGCACAUGGGACUACUGUUUUUAUUAAAUUAUGAAAUAUAUAGAAAAACAGUCGUCACAUGUACCCAAUGACUAAAUAUAGUAUGAUAAGAAAAACUCCCAGAAAACACUUCCACCAAUUCAAAAUUCUAAAUUUCAGUUGCGGGCACAAAUGGGUUAAGCACACCCCAUUCACUUUAUGGGAGCCGUUUUAUUUAUGUCCCAAUCCAGCAGAAAAAAAACUUUCUCCAUUAACCUUUUCAGAAACUUCUGCAUACAUCAUGUUGUUAAAAUGAAGGCUUGUAUAUAAACAUUAUCAAAUACUAUAUGUUCUAAGGGUGUUCAUUUGAAAUUUAAUCAAACCAGCUAUCCAUUUGACGGGAUCGUCACAACUUUACGCCUCCCAGCCUCAAAAGUGAUGCUUUCUGAGAGAAUCCUCGAAUCGUGUGUAUAUGAGUUGAUAGAAAUGGUAGUUCUCUCUGUUCACAAACUGAUCAUUUAGGCCGGGAAUUUGACUCCAUCCCCGGCCAUGCUGUCCACGCAAACCACUCAUGUGUAGGCGAACCCUAUUUGUUGAUGUAAUGGGUAUAACUGAUUUCUCACUUUUUCUUUGUUAGAUCACAGCAAAUGUUCAUUCACCUGUGUCCGUAGUUCUAUUUUCUUGUGUACACACACAUUCAGCGAAAGUCAGCAUAAGCUAGAACAAUCUAAGUGUAAUACAAAUGUUUAUUCACCAGUUUCCGUAAAGCAAACAGCACUAAAGUGGCCAAAUGAUUGUGUGUACACCUAUAGUAUUGUACUGUAUAUAACCUAAACUUACACUUGUAUUACUUGUGUCAUCGAUUGUAUGUACAGUCCUACUGAUAAUCUAAUAAAUAAAGCACAUAAUCUGAAAGCAUA